AUGGAUUACGACGAAGAUGAAUUAGACUAUAACUCGCAUGAAGACAUUGAUGAGUUUGAUGAGGAUAAACUCAAUAAUGAAGAGUAUGACUUGUUGCAUGAGCAACUUGUUCACUUGAAAGCAAAGCUCAAGGCAUAUAAUGACGAGAUUCCCGAAAUCGACUUGAAAGAAGCAUUGUAUUUCAACUAUUUUGAGUUAGAGCCUUCUAUUGAGGAGUUGAAAGGUAAAUUCAAACAAAUAAUGUCCAAGUUAGCAAAAUUAGCAAAACUACGAGCUCAGCAAAGAGAAGCAGAACAGCAACAACCACAACCACUGGAGCAGAAUGAUAAGCUGAUACUAGAAGAAGAUAGUGUUAAGCCCUUGACUUCUCCACAAGCACCAUUGUCGAAACUUGCUGCUCUUGCAAAAUCAAGAUCUUCAAAACCAACAACAAAUAUAGCAACAGGUGCAACAGCAGAUGCAACAGAAUCCGCGACAAAUGUUUCAGCUAAUAUCACCCCCACUAAUAAACUGCAUAGCUCUAUUCUUGACCAAUUUACAAACAAAUCCAGCUCAAACGAAUCAUUAUCUCUGCGACCGUUACCAGUUUUACUCAGACAUAAACUCAAACUCAAAAAUACAGGAGAACAAAAAACUCAGACUGAUUCCGUAGUAAAUUCUCAGAAGGAGCAUGGUUCAAUCUCUUUACCGUUUCAGAUACCCUUUGAUAUUCAAUUGGACAACUCAUUGAUUCUCGAAACUCCAAAAGAAAGCGUUUCUGUACUAUGGUGUCCAGAACAGAAGCUGCAGAAGCAACAGAAGCAACAACAACAACAACUUUAUGAAUCAGAGCAAAAUAGCAAUCUAGACAAUACAUCUCAAAAGAGAAGGAAGUUGCUUGGGUCAAUUCUUCAACCACUUACUAACUUUAAUAUCUCUACAGAAAAAACAACAAAGACAAAAGAAAACUUUAACAAGCCAUCACCGGACGACGAGGUGCUCAAUGCCCAAAAACAAGCAUUUGAAGGUGUAAAAGCACUACUGAUUAACGAACAAAAAGAACAACAACAACAACAACAACAACUUCAGAAGGACAAAAACAGUGCUGCAAAAAUAAAAGAGACCAAACCUUUUAAAAAAAUAAACAUUGAAGAUGAGAUUAGUAAAAAUCCAUUUUUCGCAAAGCCACACAAGUCAUUUGUUGUUAUCGGCCAUGUGGAUGCCGGAAAAUCCACACUCAUGGGAAGACUUCUUUUUGAUUAUGGCAUUGUUGAUGCCAAAACAGUCAAUAAAUUGGUCAAGGAGAGUGAAAAAAUCGGCAAAGGUUCAUUUGCACUUGCAUGGAUCAUGGAUCAGACCGAGGAAGAAAGAAGCCAUGGAGUUACUGUAGAUAUUUGUGCUACUGACUUUGAAGUGGCUUCUACAAGAUUUACAGCGAUUGAUGCUCCAGGACACAAGGACUUUGUUCCACAAAUGAUUAGUGGUGUUUCGAAUGCCGAUUUUGCAUUACUUGUAAUUGAUUCCAUCACAGGAGAAUUCGAAGCUGGCUUUGCACUAGAUGGUCAAACAAAAGAGCAUACCAUCUUAGCCAAGAACUUUGGGGUGCAAAAAUUGUGCGUCGUUGUCAACAAGAUGGACAAGGAGGACUGGAGUCAAGUCAGAUUUGAUGCUAUUAAAAAUCAGAUGUUGGAAUAUUUAACAAGCGACGAAGUUGGAUUCGAACCUUCACAAGUGGAUUUUAUUCCCAUUUCAGGUUUAACCGGAAAUAACGUUGUAAAACGCGAUGAUUCCAUUAAUGCUUUUUCAUGGUAUACUGGUCCUACUCUCGGACAAUACCUUGAGUUUGUAGAUAUUGAGGAUCAGAAUAAUAAGCAACUGGUGAUAAGAGAUUCAUUCUACUUUUCAGUCCAGGAUGUAUAUAGAGAUAAAGGUGAUUUGAAAGUGAAUGGAAAAGUGACUAGUGGGUACGUUCAAGCAGGAGAAACACUCGUUGCUUACCCAAGUGGAGAAGCAUUGCAAGUACAAACAGUUAAAGUUGCAUUGAAUUUGGUUGACUUUGCCAUUAAAGGUCAAUUGGCUACACUCUCAUUCAAGACUAGUCAACUUUCCAAUGAGGCAGUUGAUCCAAUUAGAGUUGGUGAUAUUUUGAGUAAACAAGGAAUGCUGAUCAAGGUAACAAAAUCUUUUACUGCAUCGAUACAUUUGUUCAACAUGGACAAACCAUUGAUUGUUGGUAUGCCAUUCGUAUUGUUUAGAAACAGCAGCCAAACUCCAGCACGUAUAUCAAACAUUGUUGAGAUUACAAAUAGUGACAAGAAAAAGAAAAAGAAGAAGAAAAUUUUGCAUUUGAAUUCAAAACAAACUGCUAUUGUCGAGAUCGAGGUAGAUGAGGGCAACUCGAUACCUAUAACCACAUAUGAGGAUAAUGCUAAAAUUGGUAGAAUUGUGCUUAGACGCGAAGGACGCACAAUUGGAGCAGGUACUGUGAUAUCAACCGACGUAAAUAGUAAAGUAGAAACUACAGAUUGA